AUGGUCGGCUUGAAGCCCACGGACAUCCCCCCCUCAGCAACUGUCAAGUUUCUCAGCGCCGGGACGGCUGCCUGCAUUGCUGACCUCUUCACCUUCCCCUUGGACACGGCCAAAGUCAGGCUGCAGGUGAGAACCGCUGGGUUAGAGUGCCAAACAAGGACCAGCGAGACCAGAGUUCGAAUCCCCCACUCAGCCAUAAUGAAGCUCGCUGGGUGAACUUGGGAGCCAGUCUCUGCCUCUCAGCCCAACCUCGCAGGGUUGUUGUUGUUGAGAUUAAAUGGAAAACUAUGCGUGUCAACUUGACCUCCUUGGGGAAAAGGUGGAAUAUGAGUACAGUGGUACCUCGGGUUAAGAACUUAAUUCGUUCCGGAUGUCUGUUCUUAACCUGAAACUGUUCUUAACCUGAAGCACCACUUUAGCUAAUGGGGCCUCCUGCUGCUGCGCCGCCAGAGCACGAUUUCUGUUCUCAUCCUGAAGCAAAGUUCUUAACCUGAAGCACUAUUUCUGGGUAACCUGAAGCGUAUGUAACCCAAGGUACCACUGUACAAGCAAGAAGUACUCCCAGCUGCUUAAAGUGGUAUGAAUUAAGACAUUUUUUAAAUUUUAUUUAUACUUUUCAGAUAUAUACAUUUCACUGACUUUACAAUCUGUCAGGGAACUGCCAUCGGACGGAAGGGAGGUGAAAGGGCUCACACAGGUUGGGAGAGACUCAGCAGCUGAAGAGGGAACCAGCAGGGAGGUGAAAGGGCUCACACAGGUUGGGAGAGACUCAGCAGCUGAAGAGGGAACCAGCAGGGGAGAGGAGCUGAGCUGAGGGAAAGUGAGCUGGAGGGAUGGCUCAGAGACACUUCCAGCGAAAACAGUGGGGAGGUUUCAGGACCUCCUGUAAGAACACCCACUCCUCGCCGGAAACUGUCACGCAGAGAGUCCAGAAGACGUGUUUCCGUUAAGGAGCUUUUAUGUUGGAAGCGAUUACAAAGCAACCACUGUCGGAAUCUGCUAGUGACUAGAGGAGCCAUGUCUGAGGGGCUCCGUCACAGACAGAGGUUUGUGGACUUGAACAAACUCUGAGGGGAUACGAUUUUACGCACAAGCAGCUCAUCAUCCCAUCACACAAUCAUUUGGACAUUUUAAGACUUUUCCUUCCCCCUCUUUCUGUGUUUCCUUAAAUUUAUUUUUAAUAUCUUCUGCAUAUCCAAAUUAACUUAGUUUGCUCAUUUAUCCAUCUGCUUUAAAUAUAUACAGUCAUACCUUGGGUUACAACUGCUUCAGGUUGCGUUUUUUCGGGUUGCGGACCGCCGAGACCCGGAAGUACCAGAACAGGUUACUUCUGGGUUUCAGCAGUCGUGCAUGUGCAGAAGCGCUAAAUUGCACUUUGCACAUGCGCAGAAGUGCCAAAUCACAACCCGUGCGUAGACGCGCAGACACGGGUUGCGAACACUGCGGGUUGCGAACGUGCAUCCUGCACAGAUCAUGUUCACAACCCGAGCGUCCACUGUAGUCUUAUGAAACUGCAGGUUAUUACAAUAACCCUACCAAUGUUUUUAUCUGUUUGCAAUUUAUCUGUAAAUAGUCAAAAAAUAAAUACCCUAUUCUUUUAUAAAAAGUUUGUUAUCUUGAUCUCUUACGCUUCUGGUAAGUUUUGCCAUUUCUGCAUAUAUUCUGUAAGUUUCUGUAUCUAUUUUCCUUUGCUUGGACUUCUGCUUCUUUCCAUUUUGGGGCGAGUAAUAGUCUUGCUGCUGUAGUAGCAUACAUUAUUAAAUUUCUGUACAAUUUAGGUAGUUCUGCCCCUAUAAUCCCCAAAAGAAAAGCUUCUGGGUUUUUUUACAAAAGUUAUUUUGAACAUCCUUUUCAAUUCAUUAUAUAUCAUUUCCCAGUAAGCUUGAACCUCACUACAAGACCACCACAUAUGAUAAAAAGAACCUUCUUUCUCUUUACAUUCCCAACUCUUGUUUGAUUUAGAUUUAUACGUUUUUGCCAGUUUACUUGGUGUUAGAUACCGACGAUAAUUUUCAUGUAAUUUUCUCUUAGACCAUAGCAUGCUGUAAAUUUUAUAUCCAUAUUCCACAAUCGUUCCCAUGCUUUCAUGUCUAUAUUUUUAAAAAAGUUUUUAUUAACAAUUUCAACAUAACAAAUUAUCAAAAUAUAUCAUAUUCAUUAUUUUUGCCCAGGUUGGGAGAGACUCAGCAGCUGAAGAGGGAACCAGCAGGGAGGUGAAAGGGCUCACACAGGUUGGGAGAGACUCAGCAGCUGAAGAGGGAACCAGCAGGGGGAGAGGAGCUGAGCUGAGGGAAAGUGAGCUGGAGGGAUGGCUCAGAGACACUUCCAGCGAAAACAGUGGGGAGGUUUCAGGACCUCCUGUAAGAACACCCACUCCUCGCCGGAAACUGUCACGCAGAGAGUCCAGAAGACGUGUUUCCGUUAAGGAGCUUUUAUGUUGGAAGCGAUUACGAAAGCAACCACUGUCGGAAUCUGCUAGUGACUAGAGGAGCCAUGUCUGAGGGGCUCCGUCACAGACAGAGGUUUGUGGACUUGAACAAACUCUGAGGGGAUACGAUUUUACGCACAAGCAGCUCAUCAUCCCAUCACAGCAUUCCGACAGUCUUUGAAAGCAGCUUGUGCAGGAGAAGGCAUCAUGAGCAACCCAGCCGGAACCGGAGAAGCAGGAGCUGGAGCGGGUCCAAGCCUGGAAGAAAGGUACCGGGUGUUGGAGGUCCAGCUAGCGAUGCAGACGGCGAGGCUUGAGGAGAGGAGGGCUCAGGAUGCAGACAAAGGGGAAAGCCACCCAGCUCGCCAGAAAGGUACCAGGAUUGGUGCAGAAGUUUGGGGGGGAGCCCAAAGACUAUCAUGGCUUUCGGACAGAGAUGCAAUAUGCCCUCAAUCUGCAGUUUGAUGAAUUCCCUGACGAGGAAUCACGAGUGGCUUUCGUGAUUGAGCAUCUUGAAAAGGGGGCGAGAGACUGGGUUAGACCCCUGAUGGCAGCGAAUAGUGACGUCCUAAAGGACACGAUGAAGUUCUUUCGCGCCAUGGAUCUGAUGUUUUCCAGCGAUAUUGAACAGGGAGUGGUGCGCAGACAGUUAAUGGCUUGCAAACAGGGGAGCCGAUCUGUCCGUGAGUACUGGACUGAGUUCACCAUGCUGGUUCACAGAUUGGGGUGGGACUUAUCGGCGGAACCCAUUCAAAUGCUCUUUGAAGAAGGGCUUUCUUCGGCUGUGAAAGACGAACUUUCCCGGGCGCCCAGGGCGGAGUCUAUGGACCAGCUGACCAAAUCAGCGCUGACCAUAGGAGCGCGCCAGGAGGCGAGAGCAUUGGAGAGGCGGGAAGGGAAAGGGGAACGUUGGAAGGAGUUCCGCAUUCCAGACAUUCCAGAGCCAACUUUCCCGCCGGCAGAGCCGAUGGAAAUCGGAACAGCGCGCGCGCGCAGUUUCAAAGCCCAGUGAGGGGGAAAGAAGGAGGGAAAAGGCGCCCGGAAAUGCUAUCUCUGCCAACAGCCAGGUCACUUUGCCAGAGUCUGCCCCCAGAGGAAGGAAUGGCAAGGGAUGGUAGGAGCUGUGGAUGGAAGAGAGGAAGAAAUACCGGAGCAAGUAAAAGCCAACGCCUGGCUGCCACUGUCGGGGCACAGCAGCCAGGCCAAAGAGCAGUGAGAGUGCCCACGCCAGAACCUCCUAAACCCGCCCUAGUGAUAGAAGUGACGCUAGAGCUGCCAAACGGACACCCUCUAAAGAUAAAGGCGCUGUUGGACUCAGGCAGCUCCUGCAAUUUCAUGAGCAAAGAGUUUGCAGCUGAACACCAGAUACAGACGAUUCCUUUAAGCAACCCCCUGCAGGUGACCACGAUCGAUGGCAGGGAGCUGUUGGGAGGAGAAGUCAGCUUGCAGACCGUCCCAAUGAUAAUGAAGGUAGCAAGGCACACCGAACUGAUAGCUUUUAAUGUGGCCACCUUGGGAGGAGCUCCCAUUAUAUUGGGGAUGAGCUGGCUAGCGUUACAUGAUCCGCUGGUGGGCUGGCAUCAGAGAGUGGUUUCUUUUGGUUCAGCACAUUGCUUAGAACACUGCAAAGAGGGAAAGGGUUUGGCAGGGGCCCAAGCCACCCUAGCAGGGACUGAAGUAACGGAGAACGUGAAGGUACCACGACAAUAUGCAGAUCUCCGUGACGUCUUCAGCGAAAGGGAAGCUGACCAACUACCCCCGCAUAGACCCUUUGACUGUCAAAUCAAUUUACUCCCUGGAGCACAGCUCCCUGUAGGCAAGCUGUACGCCAUGUCAGACAGAGAGAUGCAGGAGCUAAGAGAGUUCAUUGACAAGAACCUGAAGAGAGGGUUCAUCAGAGAGUCCAGGGCGGUGGGGGCAGCCCAGUGUUUUUGUGGAUAAAAAACACGAACAAGCCGAGGCUGGUGUGUGACUUCAGGGCCUUAAAUGCAGUGUCAGAACCAGUGGCCUUCCCUAUGCCCAGGAUUGACGACAUUUUGACAAGGGUGCGGAAGGGAAAGAUUUUCACAAAGCUGGACCUAAGGGGGGCGUACAACCUGGUACGAAUAAGGAAGGGGGGAUGAAUGGAAAACCACUAUGUUCACCCCUUUAGGGGCAUUUGAAUAUUUGGUUAUGCCCUUCGGCCUACAAGCAGGCUCCGCAACAUUUCAAUCGUUUAUGAACCACGUCCUGGGGCCUUUGCUUUACAAGAAUUGUGUGGCCUUUUAGACGACGUGUUGGUGUAUUCUGAGAAUGAGGAGCAGCAUGUGAGAGACGUCAGAGAAGUGUUGAGCAGGCUGCAAGCCAACCAGCUGUGGGUGAAACUGGAGAAGUGUCAGUUUCAUACCAAGGAGGUGGAAUUCCUGGGGUAUCGCCUGUCAGACAAGGGAUUGGCCAUGGAUCCCGGCAAGGUCCAGGCGGUGCUGGAAUGGAAAACACCCAAAACAAGGAAGGAUGUGCAGAGGUUCCUAGGAUUUGGGAACUUCUAUCGUAAGUUCAUCCGAAACUUUGCCCACCUGACGGCGCCCAUUACGGACUGUCUCAGCAGUAAGAAGAAGUUCGUUUGGACUGAGGAGGCGGAGCGAGCAUUUGAGGAACUAAGAAGGGCCUUCGCCUCGGAACAACAACUCCUGCAUGUGGAUUUACAAAAACCGAUGAGAGUGGAAACUGACGCAUCAGACAGAGCGAUUGGGGCGGUGCUUCUGCAGCCAGGGAAGAAGGAGUCAGAGUGGAGACCGUGUGCCUUUUUUUCGCGAAAGCUGAACAAAUCCGAGAGGAACUACACGGUGUAUGACCGAGAACUACUAGCCAUUCAUGAGGCGUUCCGGAGAUGGAGGCACCUGCUAAUUGGCGCACAACAUAAGGUGCAAGUGUGCACUGACCACAAGAACCUAGAGUAUUGGAGGACGGCACGAGUGCUCAACCAACGGCAAGUGAGAUGGGCCCAGGAGUUCUCCAAAUUUAACUUUGAGAUUUGUUACGUGCCAGGCCCAGAGAACAUUAGGGCGGACGCUCUCUCACGCAAACCUGAAUAUUUGGAGGGGGGGGAGCACCCGAAGAGAGACAUGUCAUUCCAGAGGACCGCUGGGUGUGUGGGGCGGCAUUGGUGGGACAAAGAGAACUGGUAGAGGAAACAGAGAAUGAUGAAUACGCCCAGAAUAAGCUCAGAGGUCUUAGGGGUGAGGGAGAGGAACCAGGGGUUUCGAGGAAAGAAAUGGAGCUUUGUAUUACAAAGGGGCACUGUAUAUCCCUGAAGGAGACUUAAGGGGAGGGUACUCAAGCAGUUGCACGACAGCCCUACGGCGGGGCAUUUUGGACAACACAAAACCAUGUGGUUGGUCACCAGGGAAUUUUGGUGGCCUAAGGUGAGGGAAGAUGUACGUGAGUAUGUAAGAGGGUGCGAGCAAUGCCAGCGAGCCAAAGGGGAAAGGCGGGCGCCGGCGGGGCUAUUAGAACCCUUACCAACCCCAGAACGACCUUGGGAGGCAGUGUCGAUAGAUUUUAUGACUGAUCUGCCGAAGUCCAAAGGGAAAACAGCCAUCAUGGUGGUGGUAGACCUACUAACAAAGAUGUGCCACUUUGUAGCUUGCUCGCAUGCAGUCACGGCGGAAGAGACAGCGAAGUUAUUUGUAGAACACAUUUUUAGGUUGCACGGGUGCCAUUGAGGGUGGUCUCAGACCGAGGAAAACAAUUUACUUCCAGGUUCUGGAGGAAGCUCAUGAGCUUACUGCAGGUGGAGGUCAAUUUUUCGACUGCCCGGCACCCUGAAACCAACGGGCAGGCGGAAAGAGCAAACGGUGUCCUCCAGCAAUACCUGAGGUGUUAUGUCAAUGACAGAGAGAAUGACUGGGUAGAAAAGUUGGCGCUGGCGGAAUUUGCCUACAACAAUGCCGAGAAUGUGUCCACAGGGAUGAGCCCCUUCUUGGCUAAUUAUGGGUGUCAUCCCAGGGCUUUCCCUGGGGGAGAUGGGGAGAGAUGGAGCGUCCCGGCAGCCGAGCAUUUUGUGGAAGAAAUGGAAGCAAUCCAUCGUCAGCUCCAACUCAACUUAGAAAGGGCGAAGGAAGAAUACAAGAGGCAGGCAGACAAGAACCGAAGGGAAGGUGAAACCAUAAGGGUGGGAGAUAGGGUGUGGCUGUCAACCCAAGGGCUGCCGCUCAAAGGAGGUUGUAAGAAAUUAAGACCCAGGAGGUUGGGUCCCUUUGAGGUCAUUCAACAGGUCAACCCAGUGGCUUUCAGGCUCCGGUUACCCAACCACAUGAAACUGCACCCAGUAUUUCACAGGUCGUUACUGUCACCGUACGAAGGGGGACGAGAAGGGAUGGCCACUGGGACCGGUCAUAGAAGAAAGAGAAUGCAGCAGCCAUGUGGCAGAAAUCCUCGACGCCAGGUGGAAGGGGGAUCAGGUGGAGUAUUUGGUAGCGUGGGAAGGAGAACCGGAGUCAGAAAACACUUGGGUAAUGGCCGAAGAUAUCAAUGACGAGGUAUUGAUAGAAACGUUCCAUCAAAGGUUCCCAAGGAAACCUCAGCCUGUGGAGAGGUUCCGGAGGGAAUACUUUGGGACCACUGAUGAGGGGGAGGAGUUGGAAGGAUUCCCGGACUCGGAAGGGGAAGGGGAGAUGGACUCUGAGGAGGAGGAGUACUUCGAGACCAGGAACCGCAACAGGUGGAGAGAAGUGUUCGAGACAUCGGAAGAUGAAGGAAGUUCAUUCCGGGUUUUGCCUCCUCACCGCCCGUAGAGGAGGGGGCGAGAGGGGGUGAAGGGGGCCCUGGAGGGGAGGUGGAUGUCAGGGAACUGCCAUCGGACGGAAGGGAGGUGAAAGGGCUCACACAGGUUGGGAGAGACUCAGCAGCUGAAGAGGGAACCAGCAGGGAGGUGAAAGGGCUCACACAGGGUGGGAGAGACUCAGCAGCUGAAGAGGGAACCAGCAGGGGGAGAGGAGCUGAGCUGAGGGAAAGUGAGCUGGAGGGAUGGCUCAGAGACACUUCCAGCGAAAACAGUGGGGAGGUUUCAGGACCUCCUGUAAGAACACCCACUCCUCGCCGGAAACUGUCACGCAGAGAGUCCAGAAGACGUGUUUCCGUUAAGGAGCUUUUAUGUUGGAAGCGAGUACGAAAGCAACCACUGUCGGAAUCUGCUAGUGACUAGAGGAGCCAUGUCUGAGGGGCUCCACACAGACAGAGGUUUGUGGACUUGAACAAACUCUGAGGGGAUACGAUUUUACGCACAAGCAGCUCAUCAUCCCAUCACACAAUCAUUUGGACAUUUUAAGACUUUUCCUUCCCCCUCUUUCUGUGUUUCCUUAAAUUUAUUUUUUAAUAUCUUCUGCAUAUCCAAAUUAACUUAGUUUGCUCAUUUAUCCAUCUGCUUUAAAUAUAUACAGUCAUACCUUGGGUUACAACUGCUUCAGGUUGCGUUUUUUCGGGUUGCGGACCGCCGAAACCCGGAAGUACCAGAACAGGUUACUUCUGGGUUUCAGCAGUCGUGCAUGUGCAGAAGCGCUAAAUUGCACUUUGCACAUGCGCAGAAGUGCCAAAUCACAACCCGUGCGUAGACGCGCAGACACGGGUUGCGAACACUGCGGGUUGCGAACGUGCAUCCUGCACAGAUCAUGUUCACAACCCGAGCGUCCACUGUAGUCUUAUGAAACUGCAGGUUAUUACAAUAACCCUACCAAUGUUUUUAUCUGUUUGCAAUUUAUCUGUAAAUAGUCAAAAAAUAAAUACCCUAUUCUUUUAUAAAAAGUUUGUUAUCUUGAUCUCUUACGCUUCUGGUAAGUUUUGCCAUUUCUGCAUAUAUUCUGUAAGUUUCUGUAUCUAUUUUCCUUUGCUUGGACUUCUGCUUCUUUCCAUUUUGGGGCGAGUAAUAGUCUUGCUGCUGUAGUAGCAUACAUUAUUAAAUUUCUGUACAAUUUAGGUAGUUCUGCACCUAUAAUCCCCAAAAGAAAAGCUUCUGGGUUUUUUUACAAAAGUUAUUUUGAACAUCCUUUUCAAUUCAUUAUAUAUCAUUUCCCAGUAAGCUUGAACCUCACUACAAGACCACCACAUAUGAUAAAAAGAACCUUCUUUCUCUUUACAUUUCCAACACUUGUUUGAUUUAGAUUUAUACAUUUUUGCCAGUUUACUCGGUGUUAGAUACCAACGAUAAUUUUCAUGUAAUUUUCUCUUAGACCAUAGCAUGCUGUAAAUAUUAUAUCCAUAUUCCACAAUCGUUCCCAUGCUUUCAUGUCUAUAUUUUUUUAAAGUUUUUAUUAACAAUUUCAACAUAACAAAUUAUCAAAACAUAUCGUAUUCAUUAUUUUUUCCCCUUUUUUCCCACCCCCCUUCAAACCCUCCCUCCCUCCCUCCCUCAGCUCCUCUCUCUGAUUUCUCAGCACAUAUUAUUCUCUGCAUGUUAUAAAAUUAUACAUAUCCUUACAUUGUCUAUCUACCAUGUUAUCAACCAAUAAAUUUGUGUAUUUUUAUUUAAAACUUGCCAAGGAAUCCAAUUUGUUAUGUUGUCUUUUUAGAUAAAUUGUAAAAAGCUCCCAUUCUUCCUUAAAGUCACAGUUGUCCUUGUCCCACAGUUUGUAUGUCAAUUUAGCCAGUUCUGCAUAACUCAUCAAUUUUUCUUGCCACUGUUCUUUCAUUGGGCUUUCCUCAUUCUUCCAUCCUUCUGCUAUCAAGACUCUUGCCGCUGUUAUAGCAUACAUAAAUAAGUUCUUUGUUUUUCUUAGCAGGUCUUGUCCUACAAUCCCUAACAGAAAUGCUUCUGGUUUCUUUACAAAUGUCAUUUUAAACAUUUUUUUCCAAUUCAUUAUAUAUCAUUUCCCAAAAAAAUUUAACUUCUGUACAUUCCCACCACAUAUGCUAAAAAGUCCCUUAUUUUUCUUCACAUUUCCAACAUGUGUUUGACCCGGUUUUCUUCCAUGACUAUACAUCGGUACCUCCGGUUAAGUACUUAAUUCAUUUUCUUAACCUGAAACUGUUCUUAACCUGAAGCACCACUUUAGCUAAUGGGGCCUCCUGCUGCUGCUGCGCCGCCAGAACAUGAUUUCUGUUCUCAUCCUGAAGCAAAGUUCUUAACCCAAGGUACUAUUUCUGGGUUAGCAGAGUCUGUAACCUGAAGCGUAUGUAACCCGAGGUACCACUGGAUUUUGACCAAUAUCUACUGCCCAGUGUACCAUUGAGGAUUUUACUUGCUCAGUGCAGACUCCGUCUGCUACAAAACGGAGCUGUGCCGUGUGAUGAGUGGUCGAUUUCUCGUCAACUUCUCCUUUCAGAUCCAGGGGGAAUGCAAGGCUUCCAGGACAGCGAAGAAGUACAAAGGGGUGUUGGGCACCAUCACUACCAUGGUGAAGACGGAGGGGCCGAAGAGUCUCUACAACGGCUUGGUGGCCGGCCUCCAGCGCCAGAUGAGCUUUGCAUCCAUCCGGAUCGGCCUGUACGACUCGGUGAAGCAGUUCUACACCCCCAAGGGCUCAGACAGUAAGUUCUCUGCUGCCUCCGGAGGCCCCAAGCUCUGGCGGGGGUCUCGUUCGGAAACACAGCGGGCUUCCAAGCGUCUCCACCCCCAUCGUUCUGCCCGGACACUGAGGUCCAGCGCCAAGGACCUCCUGGCAGUUCCCUCAUUGCAAGAAGUGAGGUUACAGGGAACGAGGCAGAGGGCCUUCUCGGUGGUGGCACCCGCCCUGUGGAACGCCCUCCCAUCAGAUGUCAAAGAGAAAAACAACUACCUGACUUUUAGAAGACAUCUGAAAGCAGCCCUGUUUAGGGAAGCUUUUACAGUGGUGCCUCGCAAGACGAAAUUAAUCCGUUCCGCGAGUGUCUUCAUCUAGCGGUUUUUUCAUCUUGCGAAGCAGCCCUAUUAGCGGCUUAACGGAUUAGCGCUAUUAGCGGUUUAGCGGCUAUUAAAGGCUUAUCGGCUUAGCGGAUUAGCUGCUAAAAGGCUAUUAAAGGCUUAGCGGCUUAGAUAAAGGGGGGGAAGCGGAAAAAAAAUCUCAAGACUCGUAAGACAUUUUCGUCUUGCGAAGCAAGCCCAUAGGGAAAUUCGUCCUGCGAAGCAACUCAAAAACGGAAAACCCUUUCGUCUAGCGGGUUUUCCGUCUUGCGAGGCAUUUGUCUUGUGGGGCACCACUGUAAUGUUUAAUAGGUUAUUGUAUUUUAGUGUUCUGUUGGAAGCCGCCCAGAGUGGCUGGGGAAACCCAGCCAGAUGGGCGGGGUAAAAAUAAUAAAUUAUUAUUAUUAUUAUUAUCAUCAUCAUCAUCAUCAUCAUGAGCUAUCCCUUGACAGAACAUCGGCCUGUCAUCCUACGCUACACUAUCAAACCUAUAGUUAUGUAAAUUCAACUAACAAAUAUACCCACAAUGCAACAAGCUGUGUUUAACUAUAUGAAUUAUUUAUACAUCAUAUAAACAUACCUCCUUUCACAUUAUCAAAUUAAGCAGAAGCAACUAAAGACCAACAUUUUGAGCAGGAAAUACAAAUAGAUCAGUAUUGUCCAAAUGGAAGCUUUUUUGUGUGUUCCACGUAUGUCUUUAUGAAUACAAGUGUCAGACGCGACAACUUUAAGAAACAGUACCUGCAGAAAAUGAACUUGUUCCUUGUAAUGUUCCACAUCUGCCUUUGCAAAGUAUAGUUGCUGUAUGCAGGUAUCAGACAAAAGAACUUAAGACAAGGGUUCCCGGAAUAAUACCUCAUUUCGCCCUGCUGGCCUUCAUCAGCUGUGCAUACUCUAAAUAAUACAGAUAAACAUAAUAAUGUAUUUUUUUUUAACAAAUUAGGAAAUAAAACACAUAACACACAUAUUGAAUGAUGGAUCUACAUACCAUAUAUUGUGUUUAUCUGUAUUAUUUAGAGUAUGCACGGCUGACGAAGCCCAGCAGGGCAAGACAAGGUAUUAUUCUGGGAUGGGAAUGAUCCUGCUGGAGUAAAAAAGGUGGGAUGGGAGGUAGAAUAAACAAGGAUAACAAAUAAAUAGAAUAAACGUGGCAGUUAACAGCUAGGGAAACAUCAUCGGGGAAAUGAAAUAAAGUGCCUUGUGAACACAGCCCAAAUUGUAUAACUGGGGGAAGAGAUGGAACAAGGAUAGCAAUCCAUUAUAAUGACAAAAACAGCCUCUGUCUCUCUGUCUGCCUCGCUCUCUCACUCUCUUUUUAAAAAUUAGUUUUGUUUGGUUUUACAUAUUUAAAAUUAUAAUCGCACCACAACAUAGCCACAGUUUAAAGAUUCCUCCAAAUCUCUGGACUUCCCCCCCAUAGGUUCUGAGGUUAAACCUUUUCUACUGCAUCUUUUUUAAAUAAUUACCCCCCAAAAAACAAAUCAACUCCCUUAUACCGUAUUUCUCGUUACGUUACAAGUGGUGUUAUAGUCCUGUCCAUGUUUUCAGCUGCUUACGAUGGUCUUUAAGGUAAAUUGUAUAUAUAUUUCCCCCCAUUCCUUAUUAAAGUUUUGGUCUUCCUGGUUCCUGAGCUUUCGAGUCAGUUUUGCCAUUUCGGCAUAGUUCAUCAACUUGAUUUCCCCUUCUUCUCUGGUAGGGACUUUAUCUUCCGCCUCUUUCUCUCUCUCUCAGGCGCCAGCAUCCCCACCCGGUUACUCGCCGGUUGCACCACCGGAGCCAUGGCCGUCACCUGCGCCCAGCCCACCGAUGUGGUCAAGGUCCGCUUCCAAGCGCACAUCAGGUUGCUGGGUGGACCAAAGAAGUACAAUGGGACUGUGGACGCCUACAGGACCAUCGCCAGGGAGGAAGGGGUCCGAGGACUCUGGAAAGGUGCGUUGUCUUCCGCCAUUCAUUCCCUUUUUGCAUGAUAUUUACAGUGGUGCCUCGCAAGACGAAAAGAAUCCGUUCCGCAAGUCUCUUCGUCUUGCGGGUUUUUUCGUCUUGCGAAGCAAGCCCAUUAGCGGUUUAGCGGAUUAGCGCUACAGUAUUAGCGGCUUAGCGGGCUUAGCGGAUCAGCUGAUAAGCGGCUUAGCGAUCAGCUGUUAAGCGGCUUAAGGAUCAGCUGAUAAGCGGCUUAACGAUCAGCUGAUAAGCGGCUUAGCCGAUCAGCUGAUAAGCGGUUUAGCGGCUUGGGGGAAAGGGGGGGGGGAGGAAAAAAACCCCACAGGAACUCGCAAGACAUUUUCGUCUUGCGAAGCAAGCACAUAGGAAAUUCGUUUUGCGAAGCACCUCCAAAACGGAAAAACCCUUUCGUCUAGCGGGUUUUCCGUCUUGCGAGGCAUUCAUCUUGCGGGGCACCACUGUAUUAUGAUUGUCCUAUUUAUUACCGUAUUUUUUGCUCUAUAAGACUCACUUUUUCCCUCCUAAAAAGUAAGGGGAAACGUGUGUGCGUCUUAUGGAGCGAAUGCAGGCUGCGCAGCUAUCCCAGAAGCCAGAACAGCAAGAGGGAUUGUUGCUUUCACUGUGCAGCGAUCCCUCUUGCUGUUUUGGCUUCUGAGAUUCAGAAUAUUUUUUUUCUUGUUUUCCUCCUCCAAAAACUAGGUGCGUCUUGUGGUCUGGUGCGUCUUAUAGAGCGAAAAGUAUGGUAAUUUUAUUUCCUACCCGCCUCUCACCCUAAGGUCGCAGGGUGCGGGUGUCAGAUGCCGCAAUAUGAAAAUGCAAACUUGUAAUCGGUUCAAGUGAUUUUAAAAUCGGAGCCUAAAAAUCUCUCUGAAGUGUAGGUGGGUUUCCACAAGGCAAGACGCAGCGAUAACAGCAAGAACAUUUAUUGAACUACAGUCGUGGAAACAGAUAAUUCUAGCCACCGAGACCUCCUGGUCAGCUCCUGGGAUCCAGUCAGGAGAUCACAAUCCACAAUCUCUACACACACACCAACCCUUUGCUUCCGCCCACUACAGGGACCCUGCCAAACAUCAUCCGAAACUCUAUCGUGAACUGCGGGGAGAUGGUAACCUACGACCUCAUCAAGGAAACGCUGCUGAGAUAUCGCCUGAUGACAGGUAAGGAGGCCUCCUCUCCCCAGAUGCUGGAAAUCUAAGCCUCAAAUCUAGGUCUGCUCCAGUUACCUAACUUGUGGUCUUAAAGAUUAUGGCGUGUCCAGCCAAUGAAGGAGGCAGGAUUCAAAAUGGCGGCUCAGUCCUUUCCCCCCUGAAAUAUUUUUAUUGGUUUUUACAGAUACAACUUUAUAUCAACAACAUUUAUAUACUCAUUUCAUGAGAUUCUCUGGAUCUCAUGACUUCCCCUUCCCUUUCAAGGAUCCUUCUAUUAUUACUACUACUACUACUACUACUAAUAAUAAUAAUAAUAAUAAACUACAUAUCAAUACAUUCUCCACAAUUUCCAUUUAUCUAACUUAACAAUGGGACGCGGGUGGCACUGUGGGUUGCACCACAGAGCCUAGGACUUGCCGUUCAGAAGGUUGGCGGUUCGAAUCCCCGUGACAGGGUGAGCUCCCGUUGCUCAGUCCCAGCUCCUGCCAACCUAGCAGUUCGAAAGCACGUCAAAGUGCAAGUAGAUAAAUCGGUACCUCUCCGGCGGGAAGGUAAACGGCCUUUCCGUGCGCUGCUCUGGUUCGCCAGAAGCAGCUUAGUCAUGCUGGCCACAUGACCUGGAAGCUGUACGCCAGCUCCCUCGGCCAAUAAAGCGAGAUGAGCGCCACAACCCCAGAGUCGGCCAUGACUGGACCUAAUGGUCAGGGGUCCCUUUACCUAAUUUAACAAUAAACUGCUUUACAAGUGAUUCUUAGAGUCCAGAUAACGUUUUGAUCUACUUCCAAUAAUCCCUUAGGUAUGUUAUAAAAUUUCCCCAUUCUUUUUUUAAAGUCCUUAUCUUCUUGGUUCCUAAGUCUCAAAGUUAAUUUUCCAUUUCGGCAUAUAGCCCAGCAGUUUGGCGGCUCAUUUUUCUCAGCCACUCCGCCGUACAAGCUGCCAGCACGUUACCUCCGUUAGCUUAAUGAAACCUCCAUAUCCAAGAGCAGUCUAUCGCUGAAUCCCGAGUGCAAGGCACAAGCAACAGGGGUUGGCCAUCGCUCUCAGACACGUUUUGAGCUUCCCAGCAUUUUCUUGGCUGGCAACUGGUGGAAAAGAGGACUGGCUGCGUCACACUAAAGGAGCACCGAAGUCAGAGAUGGGGAACCUGUUCCCAACCCAACAGAUGUUGCCGGCCUAAAGCUCUCAUCUCUGACCCUCAGUGACGCUGUCUGGGUUCAAGAACCACAUUGGGCGAAAGAGAGCAUUGCAGGGGAUAGGAUUAGAUGACCUCCAGGGUUCUGUCCGAUUCUAUGAUUCUAUUGUUGUUGUUUAGUCGUUUAGUCAUGUCUGACUCUUUGUGACCCCCUGGACCAGACCCCCUGUUUCCCACUGCCUCCCACAGUUUGGUCAAACUCAUGCUGGUAGCUUUGAGAACACUGUCCAACCAUCUCAUCCUCUGUCAUCCCCUUCUCCCUAUGUCCUCAAUCUUUCCCAGCAUCAGGGACCUUUGUCAGCAAGGUGAUGUCUCUGCUUUUUAAGAUGCUGUCUUGGUUUGUCAGACACCUUGCCAACAAAGGUCCAUAUACUUAAAGCUCUGGUUUUCCCAGUAGUGAUGUAUGGAAGUGAGAGCUGGACCAUAAAGAUGGCUGAUCGCCAAAGAAUGGAUGCUUUUGAAUUAUGGUGCUGGAGGAGACUCUUGAGAGUCCCAUGGACUGCAUGAAGAUCAAACCUCUCCAUUCUGAAGGAAAUCAGCCCUGAGUGCUCACUGGAAGGACAGAUCCUGAAGCUGAGGCUCCAAGACUUUGGCCACCUCAUGAGAAGAGAAGACUCCCUGGAAAAGACCCUGAUGUUGGGAAAGAUGGAGGGCACAAGGAGAAGGGGACGACAGAGGACCAGAUGGUUGGACAGUGUUCUCGAAGCUACCAGCAUGAGUUUGACCAAACUGCGGGAGGCAGUGGAAGACAGGAGUGCCUGGCGUGCUCUGGUCCAGGGAGUCACGAAGAGACGGACAUGACUAAAUGACUAAACAACAAUAAGGUUUGUCAUUGCUUUUCUCCCAAGAAGCAGGCGUCUUUUAAUUUCGUGACUGCCGUCACCAUCUGCAGUAAUCUGUUAUAUGAUUCUAUUAUCCAGACAUAUAAAUUAGCAUUUGCAGUUCCUGUUUCUCACCUCUGCCCAUGCAUGGUGCCCCUCUUUUAUGAUGUGUGGCAAAUUAGACUGAGAGAGAGAGAAGCUCAGGGUUACCCAGUGUAUGUCAUGGCUGCUGGGUGGGAUUUGAACCCAAAUCUCCCCGUGUCCUUCAUCAGACACUAUAACCGCUGCACCAAACUACCUCACAAGCCUAGAUCUUUCACCCAUCCUUUGGCCUUGGCGGCCAACCCUCAAAAGGUAGCUUCUGGAGCGGCUUUCUAAGGGAAGGAAGCUCCCAGUUUGGGGGCUUUCCCAAACCUGAACCAUCUCGUGUCCAUUCCUUGCCACCAACAGACAAUUUCCCCUGCCAUUUCGUCUCUGCCUUCGGGGCCGGAUUCUGCGCCACCAUCGUGGCAUCUCCCGUGGAUGUGGUGAAAACGAGAUACAUGAACUCCAUCCCAGGACAGUACAAGAACGCUCUGAACUGUAUGUUCACCAUGGUGGUAAAAGAGGGUCCGACGGCUUUUUACAAAGGGUAAGCAAUAACAUCCUAAACACCCCCUUCUGUUCUUUUUAUUAGUAAUUAAAUCUGUAUACCACCCUAUACCCAAAGAGCCCAGAGCAGUUCACUACCAGGCAGAGGGCCUUCUCAGUAGUGGCUCCCUCCCCGUGGAACGCCCUCCCAUCAGAUGUCAAGGAAAUAAACAACUAUCUGGCUUUUAGAAGACAUCUGAAGGCAGCCCUGUUUAGGGAAGUUUUUAAUGUUUUAAAUAUUCUGUUGGGAGUCACCCAGAGCGGCUGUGGAAACCCAGCCAGAUGAGCGGGGUAUAAAUAAUACAAUAUUAUUAUUAUUAUUAUUAUUAUUAUUAUUAUUAUUAUUGCCAUCAUCUAUGCUUUUUUGGUAUCAGUUUCCUUAUCUUAAACACAUUUUUAUGCCACCUUUUAAAUUGGCCUCAAAGCAGUGUACAAUUAAAAAAAAUAUAUUAAAACAGAAUCAAAUCACAAAGCAAAGUUUCAAAAUGCAGCAAUUAACUAAAAAGACAAUUAUUAUUAUUAUGCCCAUCUGACUGGGUUGUCCUAGCCACUAUAGGUGGCUCCCAACAUAAAACAGUAAAAACACAAUAGAACAUCAGUAAAAACACAAUAGAACAUCACACACACAAAAAUUCCCUAUUCAGGACUGCAGUCAGACAUCUACUGAAGGUUGUAUAAUCGGUUGUCUGUCUGGCAUUUGACGGGCGGGUGUUCCACAGGGCGGGCGCCACUAUCGAGAAGGCCCUCUGCCUGGUUCCCUGUAACUUCGCUUCUUGCAGCGAGGGAACUGCCAGAAGGCCCUCAGUGCUGGACCUCAGUGUCCGGAAUGAACGAUGGGGGUGGAGACGCUCCUUCAGAUAUACAGGACAGAGGCCGUUUAGGGCUUUCAAGGUCAGCACCAACACUUUGAAUUGUGCUCAGAAACGUACUGGGAGCCAAUGUAGGUCUUUCAAGACCGGUGUUAUGUGGUCCUGGCAGCUGCUCCCAGUCACCAGUCUAGCUGCCGCAUUCUGGAUUAGUUGCAGUUUCCAGGUCACCUUCAAAGGCAGCCCCACAUAGCCAGAAGCUUGCAGGGCUGGAUUUGGCCCCCAGGCCUAAGGUUCCCAACCCCUGGCCUACACGAUGCCCAUGGGAGCUUCUUCCUAUGUCUUCCAAGGGCAGCCCAUGUCUAAUGGCUGCCUCUGUCCUCUUCAGUUUCAUACCCUCCUUCCUGCGACUGGGAUCCUGGAACGUGGUGAUGUUUGUGUCCUUUGAGCAGCUGAAAAGACUGAUGGUUCUGGCGCAGGUGACCUGGGAAUCCCCUUUCUGA